UCACCACAAAAUGGCGGCAUUUCUUCACAGGAGAAAGAAGAAGAAGGUCAUGGUAGCUCUUAUCGUCGCCGCCAUAGCCAUUCUAGUGAUCGGUGGCAGUGUAGGCGCGGCUAGGCGCGCAAGAUCCUCCUCGUCCUCCUCGUCUUCCUCCUCGGCGUCUUCCUUCUCUGGCAACUACGAUAUUACCUGGGCGCCGGAUCACGUCGACGUGAUCGGCCAUGGCCAGGAGGUCGAUCUGAGGCUCGAUCGCGACUCCGGCGCUGGAUUUGGAUCCAAGGACAGGUUCUUGUUUGGGCAGCUGGGCCUCCAGAUCAAGCUCGUACCCUACGAUUCGUCCGGCACGAUCGUGGCUUACAUGCUCUCCUCGCUCACGGACGAUCGCGACGAGUUGGAUUUCGAGUUCUUGGGGAAUUCCACUGGCCAGUCCUACACACUCCAGACGAAUCUCUUCGUGAGCGGCAAGGGAAAGCGCGAGCAGCGAUUCAAGCUCUGGUUUGAUCCCACUGCCGACUUCCAUUUCUACUCGUUCGUCUGGAAUCCUUUCCAAGUAAUAUUCAUGGUGGACGACAUUCCAGUCCGGGUCUUCAAGAACACCACGGAUCCAUACCCGAGCACGAAACCCAUGGGAAUCUACACGAACAUCUGGGGCUCCUCCUCCGUGGACUGGGAUCACGCUCCAUUCGUAGCGUUCUACCGAGGAUUUACCAUCGACGCUUGCCAAUACUGCGAGACUUCUCCAGAUGAUUGUCACGCCAAGAUCACCGACACUAACAGCCAAAGGUGGUGGAGCUCACUCAAAUGGAAUGAUCAGCUCCAAGGAAAUCUCUCAUUCGUCCGGCGCAACUAUAUGAUCGACGACUACUGUAGCGCGUACGAAUCGCCACCUCUCGAGUGUACGACAAACUCGUAACUUGGAUCAUCGCUAUGAUCCAAGCUUUUUCCACGAAUCCAAGCGCGAUCAAUCUUACACGAAAGCUUUUAUCUGACUGAAUGGAGUACUAGUAGACAAACGAGCAAGCACAAAAAGUGAUAUCAACCAGAUCGAGCUCGAACGAGAGAAUGGUACGUAGUUCUUGUUC